ACAAAGGACAGCCAGAGCUCAGUUGGCCUCUCAGUUUGGACAGCCCGUUCUGCCUCUGCCUGAAAAAGUGGAAAUUCCUGAAGUCGCUUCACUUCAGGUUUUUGGUGGGGAUCUAAACAUGCAUGCAGAGACUUUGGUGAACUCCGUCUUACUUUCUUUGCUUUUGAUAUUGCUCUCCCGCGUUGAAGAAACUUUACUGCAGUCACUGAGGCAGGUGGGUGGAGAGUGUAAGAUCUCCACCGAAUCAUCACUGAGGCGCUGUCGGACCUCCGACGGGUUGAUCUGUAGUGGGAGAGGCGAGUGUGAAUGUGGGAUUUGCAUAUGCCAGGUUACUGAUCCCGGAACGUUCUAUGGACCGCGCUGCGAAUGUCAUGACUGGCUCUGUCCAACAUAUGAUGGAAAGACAUGUGGAGAUCAUGGAGUGUGUAACUGUGGAAAGUGUUUCUGCGAUGAGGACUGGUUUGGGGAAUCCUGUCAGUACCCAGAAGAAUGUUCCCUCUCCAACAAAGCCAGCAAAGACCUCUGCCGAAACACCCAGGGUGUAGUUUGCUCCAACGCUGGCACCUGUCACUGCGGCAGCUGCAUGUGCAAUAAUCCCGACGGGAAGGGUAUGAUCAGCGGACGCUACUGCGAGUGUGACGACAGCGAGUGUUUGGAUGAAGACUCUGGAGAAGUGUGUGGAGGCCAUGGAAAGUGUUACUGUGGAAACUGUUACUGCUCGGCUGGUUGGCAUGGAGAUAAAUGUGAAUUCCAGUGUGACAUCAGCCCAUGGGAGAGUAAACGUAGAUGCACAUCUCCAGAUGGCAAGAUCUGCAGCAACCGAGGGACGUGUGUAUGCGGUGAGUGCACCUGCUAUGAUGUGGAUCCGUCGGGAGACUGGGGGGACAUCCACGGAAACACCUGCGAGUGUGAUGAGAGAAGUUGCCAUGCCACAUAUGACAGAUACACAGAUGAUUUCUGUUCAGGUCAUGGACAGUGUAACUGUGGCAGGUGUGACUGCAAGGAAGGCUGGGAUGGGAAGAAAUGCGAUCAUCCUCUCUCUUGUGCUCUCUCCAUUGAGGCAAGUCUGAAGAAGUGCCGGGGAACCUCCAGCCUGCCCUGUUUUGGCAGAGGGCAGUGUUUAUGUGGCCAGUGCACUUGUCACCCACCAGGAGAUAAACGUGUACACGGCAGGAACUGUGAGUGUGACGACCGGCAGUGCGAGGACCUGAACGGAAAUGUUUGUGGAGGCCAGGGCUUCUGCUCGUGUGGCCGCUGUAUCUGUAGUGAUGGAUGGUAUGGGAAACACUGCCUGAUCCCCCUCAUCUGUGAUAUGACGGUCGCGCAGAGCAAGAGCCAGUGCGAGACGGCCAACAACGUCAUGUGCUCCGGAAAAGGGUCAUGUCACUGCGGCCGGUGUAUCUGCUCAACGCAGGAGUGGUACAUUUCAGGAGAAUUCUGCGAAUGCGACGACAGAGAGUGCGACAAACACGAUGGUCUAGUUUGCACAGGGAACGGCGUGUGCAACUGUGGAAGCUGUGAGUGCUGGGACGGCUGGACAGGAAACGCCUGUGAAAUUUGGGUAGGGGAGGAGUAUUGAAGCCAGUGGACAUUUAAAGACUGUUCCUGUUUUAAAGCUGGGAAGAUUUGUUCUGGAAGAGAUCAGAGAAGCUCUCAGAUGUUUUUUAUUACAACAAUGUGGUUUAUUACCUCUAGAUGCACAUGAAACAGCUGCAGGUUCCUUUUUGCCAGCGGAUAUUAUCUAUAACCCUCUAUAGAUUUCUAUAUAACUAAAUAUAUGAAAAUAUAUGUAUAACGGUGUUCAUAUCGUCUGUUGACAGACACGUGAAAGGAGAAGGCCGACAGAUAAGAACAUUUGAUUAUUAUUCUGGUUGUUUUUCCGAGCGCUGAGUGCGUGCUGUGUUUUGACCCUGUUUUAUUUACGCAGCUUUUCAUUUGAAAUUUUCAUGUGAUGGAAACACACUCUUAAGAUGUAAACAGCCCCUCGAAAAGAAAUAUAACCUGCUCUGAGAUAACCUGAAAUCUGCAUAUGCAAUUAAAUAAACGUAUUUUACAAUAUAC